UCUCUGAGGCCAUCCAGAGCAUUUCCAGAUGGGAACUGGUACAAGCUGCUUUGCCUCAUGUCCUCCACUGCACCGCCACCCUGCUGUCGAACAGGAACAAGCUAGGCCACCAGGAUAAACUGGGUGUCGCUGAGACAAAGCUCCUUCACACCCUGCACUGGAUGCUCCUGGAGGCCCCCCAGGACUGCAGCAGUGAGCGUUUUGGGGGCACAGACCGAGGCUCCAGCUGGGGUGGCGGCAGCAGCGCUUUCAUCCAUCAGGUUGAAAACCAAGGUUCUCCAGGGCAGCCUUGCCAGAGCACCUCCAACGAUGAAGAAGAAAACAACCGAAGGAAGAUCUUCCAGAACUCCAUGGCUACCGUGGAGCUCUUUGUGUUUCUGUUUGCUCCUCUGGUACACAGGAUCAAGGAAUCUGACCUCACGUUCCGACUGGCCAGUGGGCUCGUUAUAUGGCAGCCCAUGUGGGAGCACAGACAGCCCGAAGUCUCUGGCUUCACAGCCCUGGUGAAGCCCAUCAGGAACAUCAUUACAGCUAAGAGAAGCUCGCCUAUCAACAGCCAGAACCAGACCUGUGAAUCACCAAAUCAAGACCCAAGACACCGAGAGGGGCUUCAGGUGGUCUGUGAAACAUUCCAGUCGGAUUCCAUCUCACCCAAGGCCACCAUGUCAGGCUGCCACCGAGGAAACUCCUUUGAUGGAAGUCUGUCCUCCCAAACUUCCCAGGAAAGAGGACCAUCACAUUCCAGGGCAUCUCCCGUGAUACCUCCAUGCCAAAGGUCCCGCUACGCCACCUACUUUGACGUUGCUGUUCUUCGCUGCCUACUGCAGCCCCACUGGUCUGAGGAAGGCACUCAGUGGUCACUGAUGUACUAUCUACAAAGGCUGAGACACAUGUUGGAAGAGAAGCCAGAAAAGCCCCCAGAGCCAGAUGUUCCUGUCUUGCCCAGACCUAGGAGUAGCUCGAUGGUGGCAGCAACUCCCUCGCUAGUGAACACACACAAAACCCAAGAUCUCACUAUGAAGUGUAAUGAAGAGGAAAAAUCUCUCAGCCCCGAGGCCUUUUCCAAGGUUUCGUUGACCAAUCUGCGUAGGCCUGCAGUCCCAGAUCUUUCUUCAGACCUUGGCAUGAACAUUUUUAAGAAGUUCAAGAGCCGCAAAGAAGACAGAGAGAGAAAAGGCUCCAUCCCGUUCCACCACACGGGGAAGAGGCGGCCCCGCAGAAUGGGAGUGCCAUUCCUGCUCCACGAGGACCACCUGGAUGUGUCCCCCACCCGCAGCACAUUCUCCUUUGGAAGUUUCUCUGGGCUCGGAGAAGACAGGCGAGGCAUCGAAAAAGGAGGCUGGCAAACCACCAUUUUAGGGAAAUUCACCCGGCGGGGCAGUUCGGACGCGGCCACUGAGAUGGAGAGCCUGAGCGCCAGGCACUCCCACUCUCAUCACACGCUGGUGAGUGACCUGCCAGACCACUCCAACAGCCACGGAGAAAACACCGUCAAGGAAGGUGGGUCGGAGGCGGCCCUGGCAGGCGGGAGUUCAGUACGAUCCCAGAUCUCCACCAUCACAGUUGCAACCUUCAAUACCACAUUGGCGUCAUUCAACGUAGGCUAUGCAGACUUUUUCAGUGAGCAUAUGAGGAAGCUCUGCAACCAGGUGCCUAUCCCGGAGAUGCCACACGAACCCCUGGCAUGUGCAAACCUGCCUCGAAGCCUCACAGACUCCUGCAUAAACUACAGCUACUUGGAAGACACAGAACACAUUGAUGGGACCAAUAACUUUGUCCACAAGAAUGGCAUGCUCGAUCUUUCUGUGGUUCUGAAGGCUGUUUAUCUCGUCCUGAACCAUGACAUCAGUUCUCGCAUCUGUGAUGUGGCGCUAAACAUUGUGGAAUGCUUGCUUCAGCUUGGCGUGGUGCCCUGUGUAGAAAAGAACAGAAAGAAGAGUGAAAAUAAGGAAAAUGGGACUGUGGAAAAAAGACCAAGUGAGGGAACUUUCCAGUUCAAAGGAGUAUCUGGAAGUUCUACUUGUGGAUUUGGGGGCCCUUCAGUUAGUGGAGCUGGAGACGGUGGAGAAGAAGGAGGAGGUGGUAAUGGAGGAGGUGGAGGAGGUGACGGAGGAGGAGGUGGAGGAGGUGGAAGUGGCCCCUAUGAGAAGAAUGAUAGGAACCAAGAGAAGGAUGAAAGUACACCUGUAAGCAACCAUAGGCUUGCCCUAACCAUGCUCAUCAAAAUAGUGAAGUCUUUGGGAUGUGCCUAUGGUUGCGGAGAAGGACACCGAGGGCUCUCUGGGGAUCGUCUGAGACACCAGGUAUUCCGGGAGAAUGCCCAGAACUGCCUCACUAAGUUAUACAAGCUAGAUAAGAUGCAGUUCCGACAAACCAUGAGGGACUAUGUGAACAAGGACUCUCUCAAUAACGUAGUGGACUUCUUGCAUGCUUUGCUAGGAUUUUGUAUGGAACCAGUCACUGACAACAAGGCUGGGUUUGGAAACAACUUCACCACAGUGGACAACAAAUCCACAGCCCAAAAUGUGGAAGGCAUUAUUGUCAACGCCAUGUUUAAAUCCCUCAUCACACGCUGCGCUUCAACGACACAUGAAUUGCACAGCCCUGAGAAUCUGGGACUGUAUUGUGAUAUCCGUCAGCUGGUCCAGUUCAUCAAAGAGGCACAUGGGAAUGUCUUCAGGAGAGUGGCCCUCAGUGCUCUGCUUGACAGUGCCGAGAAGUUGGCACCAGGGAAGAAGGUGGAGGAGAAUGAAGUGGAAUCUAAGCCUGUAGGCGGUAAAAGGUCGGAGGCAGGAAGCAUUGUGGAUAAAGGCCAGGUGACCCCUGCACCUGAGGAAUGUCGCAGCUUCAUGUCCGGUCGCCCCUCCCAGACUCCAGAGCACGAUGAACAAAUGCAAGGGGGCAACCUAGGACGGAAAGAUUUCUGGCGCAAGAUGUUCAAAUCUCAGAGUGCAGCGAGUGACACCAGCAGCCAGUCUGAGCAGGACACUUCAGAAUGCACCACUGCCCAUUCAGGGAACACCUCUGACCGGCGCGCCCGCUCACGGUCCCGCAGAAUUUCCCUACGGAAGAAGCUUAAACUCCCCAUAGGUAAAAGAAACUGGCUGAAACGAUCCUCCCUCUCGGGCCUGGCAGAUGGUGUGGAGGACCUCCUGGACAUCAGCUCUGUGGACCGCCUGUCUUUCAUCAGGCAAAGCUCCAAGGUCAAAUUCACCAGUGCUGUGAAGCUUUCUGAAGGGGGGCCAGGGAGCGGAAUGGAAAACGGAAGAGACGAGGAGGACAACUUCUUCAAGCGUUCAAUUGGUUGCCACAGUUUCGAUGACCAUCUGUCUUCCAACCAAGAUGGCGGAAAAAGCAAAAAUGUGGUGAAUCUUGGAGCAAUUCGACAAGGCAUGAAGCGCUUUCAAUUUCUGUUAAACUGCUGUGAGCCAGGGACAAUUCCUGAUGCAUCUAUCUUGGCAGCCGCCUUGGAUCUUGAAGCGCCUGUGGUCGCCAGAGCAGCACUCUUCCUGGAAUGUGCCCGUUUUGUUCACCGCUGCAACCGUGGCAACUGGCCAGAGUGGAUGAAAGGACAUCACGUGAAUAUCACCAAGAAAGGCCUCUCCAGGGGACGAUCUCCCAUUGUGGGCAACAAGCGGAACCAGAAGCUGCAGUGGAAUGCUGCCAAGCUCUUCUACCAAUGGGGAGACGCAAUUGGCGUCCGAUUGAAUGAGCUGUGCCAUGGGGAGAGUGAGAGCCCAGCCAACCUGCUGGGUCUCAUUUAUGAUGAGGAGACCAAGAGGAGACUGAGAAAGGAGGAUGAGGAGGAAGACUUUUUAGAUGACAGUAAGGAGACUCCCUUUACUACAAGAACCCCUGCUUGCACUGUGAACCCCUCCAAAUGUGGCUGCCCCUUUGCAUUGAAGAUGGCAGCAUGCCAGCUUCUCCUGGAGAUUACCACCUUCCUGCGAGAGACCUUUUCUUGCCUGCCCAGACCACGCACUGAGCCUCUGGUGGACUUGGAAAGCUGCAGACUUCGUUUGGAUCCUGAGCUAGACCGGCACAGAUAUGAGAGGAAGAUCAGCUUUGCUGGGGUCCUGGAUGAAAAUGAAGACUCAAAAGAUUCCCUUCACAGUAGUAGCCACACCCUCAAAUCAGAUGCAGGUGUUGAGGAGAAGAAAGAAGGGAGUCCUUGGAGUGCAAGUGAGCCCAGUAUUGAGCCAGAGGGAAUGAGCACUGUGGGCACGGAGGAAAACUACCACAGGAACAUGUCCUGGCUUCACGUCAUGAUCUUGCUGUGCAAUCAGCAAAGCUUCAUCUGCACCCAUGUUGACUACUGCCACCCUCACUGCUACCUGCACCACAGCCGCUCCUGUGCCCGGCUGGUCAGGGCCAUCAAGCUACUCUACGGAGACACCGUGGACUCCCUCCGCGAGAGCAGCAGCGUCAGCACUGUGGUUCUCCGGGGCAAGAAACAGAAAGAGUGCUCAGAUAAAUCAUGCCUGAGGACACCUUCUCUGAAGAAGAGAGUUUCAGAUGCCAACCUGGAAGGGAAAAAGGACUCUGGAAUGCUGAAAUACAUCAGACUACAGGUGAUGAGCCUGUCUCCUGCUCCCUUAUCUCUGCUAAUCAAGGCGGCACCAAUUCUGACAGAGGAGAUGUAUGGAGACAUCCAGCCAGCUGCCUGGGAGCUCCUGCUCAGCAUGGAUGAGCACAUGGCAGGGGCGGCAGCUGCCAUGUUCCUACUGUGUGCGGUGAAAGUCCCCGAAGCUGUGUCUGAUAUGCUGAUGUCAGAGUUCCACCACCCAGAGACCGUGCAGAGGCUGAACGCUGUCCUUAAGUUCCACACGCUCUGGAGGUUUCGGUAUCAGGUCUGGCCCCGGAUGGAGGAGGGAGCACAGCAGAUUUUUAAGAUCCCGCCUCCCAGUAUAAACUUCACCCUGCCCUCGCCAGUGCUUGGAAUGCCAUCCGUCCCGAUGUUUGACCCCCCUUGGGUCCCUCAGUGCAGCGGGAGUGUCCAGGACCCCAUUAAUGAAGACCAGUCUAAAUCCUUUUCAGCCCGGGCUGUGUCCCGCUCCCAUCAAAGGGCAGAACACAUCUUAAAGAAUUUACAACAGGAAGAAGAGAAGAAACGUCUUGGUCGAGAAGCCAGCCUCAUCACUGCCAUCCCCAUCACCCAGGAGGCUUGCUAUGAGCCCACCUGCACACCCAACUCAGAGCCAGAAGAAGAAGUAGAAGAAGUCACCAAUCUGGCAUCCCGUCGAUUGUCUGUGAGUCCAUCCUGUACCUCCAGCACUUCCCACAGGAAUUACUCCUUCCGCCGAGGCUCAGUCUGGUCGGUGCGUUCAGCCGUCAGUGCGGAAGAUGAGGAGCACACCACCGAACACACCCCCAACCACCAUGUACCUCAGCCCCCACAGGCAGUAUUCCCAGCAUGCAUCUGUGCAGCAGUGCUCCCCAUUGUUCAUCUGAUGGAGGAUGGUGAGGUGCGGGAAGAUGGAGUAGCAGUAAGUGCCGUGGCCCAACAAGUCUUAUGGAAUUGUCUAAUUGAAGAUCCAUCAACAGUCCUUCGGCAUUUUCUGGAGAAAUUGACCAUCAGCAAUAGACAAGACGAGUUAAUGUACAUGCUGCGCAAACUUCUCCUGAAUAUCGGAGACUUUCCUGCUCAGACGUCUCACAUCCUCUUCAACUACUUGGUGGGAUUAAUCAUGUACUUUGUGCGGACCCCCUGCGAGUGGGGGAUGGACGCCAUUUCAGCCACUCUGACUUUCCUGUGGGAGGUGGUGGGUUAUGUGGAAGGCCUGUUCUUCAAGGAUCUGAAGCAGACCAUGAAGAAGGAGCAGUGUGAGGUAAAGCUCCUGGUGACCGCUUCAAUGCCAGGUACCAAAACCUUGGUAGUUCAUGGACAGAAUGAGUGUGAUAUCCCAACCCAGUUACCAGUCCAUGAAGACACUCAAUUUGAAGCCCUGUUAAAGGAGUGUCUGGAGUUUUUUAAUAUCCCAGAAUCCCAGUCAACACAUUAUUUUCUCAUGGAUAAACGCUGGAACCUUAUCCACUACAAUAAGACCUACGUUCGAGAUAUUUAUCCUUUCAGGAGAUCAGUGUCUCCACAACUGAACCUUGUACAUAUGCAUCCAGAGAAAGGACAGGAGCUGAUUCAGAAACAGGUGUUCACCCGGAAGCUGGAGGAAGUCGGGCGGGUUUUGUUUCUCAUCUCCCUUACCCAGAAGAUCCCCACAGCCCACAAGCAGUCCCACGUCUCCAUGCUCCAGGAAGACCUCCUCCGACUGCCCUCCUUCCCUCGAAGUGCUAUCGAUGCGGAGUUUUCACUCUUCAGUGAUCCUCAAGCUGGCAAGGAGCUGUUUGGCCUCGACACACUUCAGAAGAGCUUGUGGAUCCAGCUCCUGGAGGAGAUGUUCCUGGGCAUGCCAAGCGAGUUUCCCUGGGGAGAUGAAAUCAUGCUUUUCCUCAACGUGUUUAAUGGGGCUCUGAUCCUCCACCCGGAAGACAGCGCCCUGCUCAGGCAGUAUGCAGCCACCGUCAUCAACAGCGCUGUGCACUUCAAUCACCUGUUCUCUCUCAGUGGCUACCAGUGGAUUCUGCCCACCAUGCUGCAGGUGUACUCUGACUACGAAAGUAACCCCCAGCUGCGUCAAGCCAUUGAAUUUGCCUGCCACCAGUUCUACAUUCUACACCGGAAGCCCUUUGUGCUCCAGCUGUUUGCAAGUGUGGCCCCUCUCUUGGAGUUUCCUGAUGCUGCCAACACUGGGUCCAGCAAAGGUGUGUCAGCUCAGUGCCUGUUUGACUUGCUACAGUCACUGGAAGGAGAGACCACAGACAUCCUAGACAUCUUAGAGCUGGUCAAAGCUGAGAAGCCUCUGAAGUCACUAGAUUUCUGCUAUGGAAAUGAAGACCUGACUUUCUCUAUAAGCGAAGCCAUUAAGCUUUGCGUUACCGUGGUGGCCUACGCUCCUGAGUCAUUCAGAAGUCUUCAGAUGCUGAUGGUCUUGGAAGCUUUAGUGCCAUGUUACCUCCAAAAGCUAAAGAGGCAGACAUCACAAGUGGAGACGGUACCUGCUGCCCGGGAGGAGAUCGCGGCCACGGCUGCCCUUGCGACGUCCCUGCAGGCUCUUUUAUACAGUGUGGAGGUCCUCACCAGGCCCAUGACAGCACCACAGAUGAGCAGGUGUGACCAAGGCCAUAAAGGGGCCACCGCAGCCAACCACACCAUGUCGUCUGGGGUGAACACCAGGUACCAGGAACAGGGCGCCAAACUGCACUUUAUCAGAGAAAACCUGCACUUACUGGAGGAAGGGCAGGGCCUUCCCAGAGAGGAACUGGAUGAAAGGAUUGCUCGGGAGGAGUUCCGAAGACCCCGGGAGUCGCUGCUGAACAUCUGCACGGAGUUCUACAAGCACUGCGGGCCCAGGCUGAAGAUCUUGCAAAACUUGGCCGGGGAGCCACGGGUCACUGCCCUGGAGUUGCUGGAUGUGAAGUCCCACAUGAGGUUGGCGGAAAUAGCCCACUCCCUUCUGAAGCUGGCACCAUACGACACCCAGACCAUGGAGAGCCGGGGGCUGCGGCGCUACAUCAUGGAGAUGCUGCCCAUUACUGACUGGACGGCCGAGGCAGUGAGGCCGGCCCUCAUCCUCAUUCUAAAGAGAUUGGAUAGAAUGUUCAACAAAAUUCAUAAGAUGCCUACUUUGAGGCGACAGGUUGAGUGGGAGCCUGCCAGCAAUUUGAUUGAAGGGGUUUGUUUGACACUUCAGAGGCAGCCAAUCAUAUCCUUCCUGCCUCACCUUAGGUCACUGAUCAAUGUCUGUGUCAAUCUGGUGAUGGGAGUGGUAGGACCCUCCAGUGUUGCUGAUGGAUUACCCCUUCUUCAUCUCAGCCCUUAUCUCUCACCACCUCUGCCCUUCAGCACAGCUGUUGUCCGGCUUGUAGCGUUGCAGAUACAGGCUUUAAAAGAAGAUUUCCCCUUAAGCCAUGUGAUCUCCCCAUUCACCAAUCAAGAGCGAAGGGAAGGGAUGCUUUUAAAUCUGCUCAUCCCAUUUGUGCUCACAGUAGGAUCUGGAAGCAAAGAUAGCCCGUGGCUGGAGCAGCCUGAGGUGCAGCUGCUGCUACAGACGGUCAUUAACGUGCUCUUGCCUCCACGGAUCAUCAGCACGUCCAGGAGCAAGAACUUCAUGUUGGAGAGCUCCCCCGCCCACUGCUCCACCCCCGGGGAUGCAGGGAAGGACUUGCGCAGGGAAGGGCUGGCAGAGUCCACCAGCCAAGCAGCAUACUUGGCCCUCAAGGUGAUUCUCGUCUGCUUUGAGAGGCAGCUCGGAAGCCAGUGGUACUGGCUGAGUCUCCAGGUGAAGGAGAUGGCCCUGCGGAAGGUGGGAGGCCUGGCCCUGUGGGACUUCCUCGACUUCAUCGUGCGGACCCGAAUCCCCAUCUUCGUGCUCCUGCGCCCUUUUAUCCAGUGCAAGCUUCUGGCCCAACCAGCAGAAAAUCAUGAAGAGCUUUCUGCCCGACAACAUAUUGCUGACCAGCUGGAGCGGCGUUUCAUCCCACGCCCUCUGUGUAAGAGCUCCCUCAUUGCUGAGUUCAACAAUGAACUCAAAAUUCUAAAAGAGGCAGUUCACAGUGGGUCAGCCUACCAAGGGAAGACAUCCAUCAGCACUGUGGGCACCUCCACCUCCGCUUACCGCCUGAGCCUGGCCACCAUGUCCCGCUCCAACACGGGCACCGGCACUGUCUGGGAGCAGGACAGUGAGCCGUCCCAGCAGGCUUCACAGGACACCCUGAGUCGAACCGAUGAGGAAGAUGAGGAAAAUGACUCUGUCAGCAUGCCCAGUGUGGUAAGUGAACAGGAAGCUUACCUCCUGAGCGCCAUUGGAAGGAGACGGUUCUCCAGCCACGUCUCCAGCAUGUCUGCACCUCAGGCUGAGGUGGGCAUGUUACCCAGCCAAAGGGUGGCAAGUGUACAGAGUGAGCCUGGCCAGCAGAACCUCCUCAUUCAGCAGCCGCUGGGGAGAAAGAGGGGCCUAAGGCAGCUAAGACGUCCUCUACUGUCACGUCAGAAGACUCAAACUGAACCCAGAAACCGCCACGGGGCUCGGCUGUCCACCACUGGCAGGAGCAUUCAACCUAAAACAAAGCCAUCUGCGGAUCAGAAACGAUCUGUGACCUUCACUGAGGCUCAGCCGGAGCCAGCAGGUGCCCCAGCAGACACACUUCCUGCUACAGCCCAGCCACAGGGCUGCAGCCCAGCCCCGUCCAGGAAACCAGAAGGGAUGGACAAACCGGUCCUCACGUCUUCCCCCACCACUGUCGUCGCUGAUCUUCACAGCCUGUCUCCCAAGCAGGGUGAGACCCUCCCAGCUGAAGAAGGAGAAAAGAAGGAGGACACAGAAGUACAAGGUGCUGCAGCACACAGCCCCCUCUCUGCUCAACUCUCAGACCCUGAUGACUUCACAGGCCUUGAGACAUCCAUCCUCCUUCAGCACGGAGACACUGUCCUUCACAUCAGUGAGGAAAAUGGCAUGGAGAACCCCCUGCUGGCCAGCCAGUUCCCUUUUGCACCCACUGGGCAGGGGCUGGGGGAGAGUGAUGUAGACCUAGAUGAGUCUCACGUUUAACUCUGCACCUUUUAAGAGCUGAAGGUGUAGACAGGAUGUGCAAGGGCUCAUGUGGCUAAAAGUUGAAAAACCUUUGCUUGGAAAAGAUGAAAACACAGCACUUUACACCCAAUGGUUAGCACAGAUCCCAGUAGAUUUUGCUGCCAGUGUGCAUAUUGUUUCAUAAACAUCUUUAAAAAUCAAUGGCUAAGAUGGUCUGGUUGUGUGAAGACUAUAAAAACCAGGGAGGAAUAAAGGGAAAGAGCCAUUUCACUGCACAUUGUUUAUGAUUCAAGAAGCCUUGAGCAGUUAAAAAUAUAUACUAUUACAGAGCUGCUUACUUAGAAAUAUUAACAAAUAAUGUCUUCUAAAAGGAGAAUGCAAUUUUUGAGGUUACAUUAUACAUCUCAUGCAAAUGUUUAUUUUUAUAAUUUCAAGAAUAUUAAAUCAGGUGGCUAUAUAAGUAGAAAUUUACGUAAAAAUAAUAAGGAAAUAUAAGUUUGGGGAAACUAAAUAGUAAGUAAGCUUGCAGCCAUUUUUGUUUUGAUCAACAAUGCAGCUAUUUAGAAGAAGAAAAAAAAUACUAUUUUUAGAGCUGUGGACUUUUCAAUAUUUAUUUUUUAAUUGUCAAUUUCAUUGCAUAUUGUAAAUCAAAAUGCUCAUACCAUAUAAGAUAAUUCCAUUUCAUAAUUAGUCACAGUAGAGAAUAUUCUAGAAAUUAUCAGACAUAAUUCUGAAUUAAGAAGAACCUAAACAGCCUAUACUAUGACAAAAAUUAAAUGUAAAUAUAAUAGCUAGAAAGAGAUGGCAUUCCUCCUUCUAGCCCUGACUACAUCAAUGCCAAGACUGGGAGAUAUUGGGAACCGUGACUACGUUCCCUCACUGCAUCCUGUGCCUGCCCUUGAGGGCGUAUUUUCAGAUGUUAAGGUUAGUGUUAUUAGAAUUGGUUCGAUAAAAUAACUUUUUCUUAGUGUUAAGAAUAUUCAUAUGAUCCUUUAGUCAUCAAAGUUUAUGAGGAGAAAAUACAAAGUGAGCAAUUUCUUUAUAGACACAGUCAGCUUGUUUAUUUUACUUUAACUUGAAGUUCAAUUACUUCAAGAAAAGUAUGAAACUUAGAAGGUUUGUGAGGCCAUAUCUAGUGUUAUUGAUCCUAUAGUGGGGCUUGGCCUCAUACAGUUCAAAAUUAAAUUUCAAAACUUUAACAGUUUUUAUUUGAAAACUGUUACAUAACUUCUAAGCAUACAAAAACACACACACAUACCUAAAUUGGAAUGCUGGUGGUGGUGUGUGUGGUUUCUAGUCCUCAAGUUGAAGUUCAGACAUUGAUUACAUUGCAGUGAAUUUAAAACCUAUACAUUUAAACUCUGACUACAUUGGCUAUGAAAUGAAUAUGUACAUAUAAAGGAGACCUAUUAAACCCACCCAAAUCACAAAGGAAAAUGAUUUUUCUGUUAGAAUUGCUUAUUAAGUAGGCCUUGUUUUUACUGUGAUCUACACGUUCAAAUAUAAUUUGAGGUUUUGGUCUCAUUCACUGAUAGAAUGAAAGUUAUCUCUGUGUUAAAGAUUAAAGGACAAAACUAAAAAUUUCAAAUCUAAAACUUCAGAAAAUAGAGGUGGUAAAUGACCUCUUCUAUGUUUCACAAUAUUUUCAGGACAUUUACACUUAAUGCUGAAUUAAUUCUCAAGUGCAAAAAUAUACAUAUAUGAGUGGUUUUGUGAUUUUUUUCUAAGCUAUAUAUUUCGCCUGUUAAAAAUUAUGCUGCUCCAUUAGUGCUAGAGGCCUUAUGUUUGGUAAUUACCAGUGUCUGGGCUAUAUGAGUCUCUAUAUAUGUGUGUGCUUUGUUCCAGUUUCUUGAUUCUUGAUUCAGAUUCUCUGUGUAUAGUCGUAUCAAAUAUUUAAAAAUAAAAGGGUCGAAGAAGAUUGUUAAAUAUCCAAUCAGAAUCCUAUAUACCUUUCUAUGUGUUUAAAAAGUAUUGGGCUGUUUUGAACAUGACUAUGCUGGCCCAUUUGCCUUUUAGCCUGACUCCUUCACUCUAGUGUUAUGGAAGUCUGUUGGAAACUUUUUCAAUAAGCUAAGUAAUGUUGUACCUUGCAAAAAAGCCUCCACUCUGACAAACAGGGCCUUAUAGAGUGGAAAUGUUUUCAUACUGGGACUGUGGAGAUUUUGCAGAUGUGUGCAUCUGUUCCAUUUAAGGUGCCCUUAAAUGUGUUGAAUGUAAUGUGUUAAAUGUUUAUGUGUAAUUGAUAAAAUACAUGUAUGUGCAUAAGAUUGUUACAAGAUGUAUUCUCAGGAAUACUGUUACCUGGAGUUUGAAGGAAUAAUUAUUAAAAAAAAAAAGUCGGGGAAGAUUAGAAAAAGUUCAAGAUAAGUUACAAUUUUUUGUAAUUCAAGUAUUAUUGCAUAGAUAACUAAAAGUUAAUUAUUACAUAUGAUAAAUACAGUACUGGUAAUACUAGAUCAUUUCUUAAGCUGUGAUAUUUAAUAAUAUUUAUCUUGUUCAGAGGAAAAUUAAAACAGACACUCACUUCCCAUAUAUAAAAAAUUGAGCUCCACCAAGAGGCUGCUUCUUCUGAAAUUAACUUUUGAGAGAUCUUAGAAUAAGCGUGUAUAUCCAUGAUAGUGGGUGGAGAUUUAUGCUACUCAGAUCCAAUUCAAGCAGUUCAAAUUCUGGAUACAGUACUUUAUAUAGCAAAACAUUUUACUUUCAUUUUUCAGUAUUUGUUGCUUUCUAUAAUUCUAUUAGAUUAAUUAUGUUUUUUUCCCCCAAAAAGACACUGAGUUAUUGAGUGCAUUGGGACAAGGCACUGAGAACUAUAGUGUCAAAAGGUAUAAAUGGGCUUAGCAAUGCUGGGGGAAAAAAUCUGUGGAGUUUAGGGGUCUGGCUGGGAGUAGCUGGUUUGCUAUUUCAAGCCUCCAAGCUUACCUUAGGCAGGAUAUCUCCUUCCUUCUUUAGUAGCUGUCCCUUUAGUCAAUUAAAAACAUUCUCACUCUGCUGUCUGGCUCCGAGAGUAUCUGAGACAGGAAAAGAGUGUAUACAGGGACCUACAGGGAAGAAAGGGUCAUAAAUAGAAUGACAGUCCAAAACAGAAAUUAAAUACCCUUCCUCAGAUUGAACAGGAGACUUGAAUAGUCUCCGGAAUUUGCUGCUAUCACACUGAGUCAUGCCCCGUGACCUCACACUUCCAAUUCCAUGGCCUUGUCUUGGCAGUGAAUAGAAAGUCCCACCUCCUCAUUUAUUUUAGUGGGUCUCAACUGCAGCAUUUCAGAAACAAAGUUUGGUUUGACACUCAGGAGAAUAAAAACAAGUUUAGGGCAGAAUGUGUUUGGAAAAACUUAAGACAAAUUUACUUAUGUUGUUUUAGGAUCUUUUAGGAUUACAGAUCAAUGUACCUCCAUAUUUUUCAAUAGUCACUGUGACUGCAGGAUGAAAAUCCUUUAUUAGCCAUUUUAUAGGUUAAAAAACAAAAGAUUGACUACACAGCCAACUUCCCUCAGAUGACUAUGAAGUUUGUUAUGAAUACUGAAUGACCAAAGAGCAUGGAAAAAAUGCAUAUGAAUAAAUACUGAAACGUUUAUGAAAGAUAUUUAUGAAAGAUUAGACUUCUGUGUUUGAAUAUGCACAUAUAAUAAAAUAAAUCUAAAAAUAUUAA